UACUGUAAUAUAGACGCGCGUGAUUCCAUAAAGUAGGCUACGAGAACAAGGUGAAUAGGGUUUAAGGGUCAUUGUUAUUGAUAAGAUUCGAACAACAUAGCACAGCAGGUAGCAGUAGUGUAAAUGGAAAAAUAAAAGACGAGCGAGUCUUACGAGUGCGUUAGAUAUGUAACCAUGUGGAGUAUGUGUAUUGCAAUUUAUUAUUAAAACAAUUUUCCUAUUUGUUUCUAUUAUGAACACUUGAAAGCAAUGGGUCGAGUUUCUAAGAAAUCGUUUAAAAGGUCCAGUAGACCCAGGGCCAAGUCUAUGAUUACGGAUUGUGAAAUCCAACCACUAUUAAAUUCAGAAUUGAGCAGAACAAGCAUAGCGUUAGACAAUGGAUUCAUAUUUAAAUAUGAUUCGGAAAACAGUGAUUUAGAGAAUAAUAAAACACCUACUACUCAGUCAAAGGCCAAUGAAUUACUAUAUCCGUAUUACUUGAGAUCUUUUAGUUUGGACUAUGAUAUACUAAACAGGCCAAAAUUUUAUCGAAAAUUACAACCUUACAUUCCAUUAGGCGAUACUAUUACCAAUGAGCCAUACACCCAAAAUAGUAUAAUUACCAUUUUCGCAAUAUGGAACACAAUAAUGGGAACAUCCCUAUUGGCAAUGCCUUGGAGCGUGGAACGUGCAGGACUAGUGAUGGGGUUAAUACUAAUGUUCGUCAUAGCUGCACUAUGCUUAUACACGUCAAAUCGCAUUCUUAGAGUGCAAGUACUUCACGGAAAUGAUACCGGAGAAGUAGCACAAUUGAGCAAAAAAUUGCUGGGCCCUUGGGCCGAAGUCAUAGCGAAAUUAUUCUCGUUCAUCAUUUUACUAGGUGCCAACAUAGUAUACUGGAUAUUGAUGUCGAAUUUUUUAUAUUAUUCUGUCGGAUAUAUUCACGAUUUGCUCUUUGCGGACGAAAACACCGGGGCGUUUGAGUUCAACACUACUAACCUAAUAUGCCCAAACAGUGCGAACUUCAUAAAUGCUACGUCCAACACGACCAGGCAGUGGACAUUGUACGAACGAAUUUGGGAUCUCAAUACGACGGUACCGAUAUUUCUCGUCGUGAUUGUUGCCCCGCUGUUGAACUUCAGAUCGGCUACGUUUUUCACGAAGUUUAAUUCUUUGGGAACUCUGGCUGUUCUGUAUCUAUUCAUAUUUGUCCUAAUAAAAUCUUAUAGUUGGGGAAUAAAUAUGUCUGCUCCAACGCUAGAAGGAUUAACAGAUUAUUCUGAAUUUUAUAAAAACACAUUUCCUGCAACAUCUGGAAUGCUUACGUUAUCGAUGUUCAUACAUAAUAUUAUUAUUACAAUAAUGAGAAACAAUGAAAAUCAAAAACAUAACGGUCGUGAUCUAUCGAUAGCAUUCACUCUUGUUCUCCUAACGUAUUUAUUGAUUGGAAUUACUUUCUAUGUGUGUUUUCCAUUAGCUAAAUCUUGCAUCGAGGAUAACUUUUUAAACAACUUUCCUAGAACAGAUGUCUUUAGCAUUAUUGCUAGAGUUUUUCUAUUCUUUCAAUUAUUGACUGUAUACCCUUUGAUAUCAUAUAUGCUACGAGUACAAGUGUUUGCAGCUCUUGAGCUAUCAAUAUACCCAAGUGUUUUACACGUUAUUGCACUUAAUUGUUUUGUCAUUUUCAUAUGCAUAUUAUUUGCAAUCUUCAUGCCACAUAUAGGAACAGUAAUACGAUUUAGUGGAGCAAUUUGUGGAUUUGUCUACAUAUAUACAUUACCAACAAUGUUACAUUUGGCAUCUCAGAGAAGAAGAAAUCUUUUAACAUUUGGAUCAGUCAUUUUUCACGUUUCAAUAUCAUUAGUUGGACUAGCUAAUUUAAUUGCUCAAUUUUUUGUUUAAAUAAUAACGUUAAAUUUUGAUAAAGCAAAACCUGUAACAUAUUAUUGACAUUAAUAUACCCAAUUUAUUUUCAUAUUCAUUUAUUGGUUGUCUUUAGCUUUUCAUCAAAAGGCAUUUUUUUUUUUUUUUACUGUGAUCUCUUAACGAUAAGAGUGUGAUAUCCAUUGACAUUUCAUUAUGUAUUUUUUUAACUUAAAUUAUUUAUUUAAACUAUUAUUUAUUAUACACUACCUUGUUAUAUAAUAGAAAAUAAAAAUACAUUUACUUGA